AUGUUUGAACAUUACCUGGCAUUGAUUUUAUCUUUUGUAUUUUUAUUUAACAUCAGAGUCUUACGAGCAGUAAAAUGUGAUUUUGAUGGAACGCGUUUAGUAAACAACUUUAAUAUAACUGGAUUUCUUGGUACAUGGUAUGAAUUAGAAAGGACAACAUUUCACUGGGUAGACAACACCUGGCAUUCCCAGGUAUGGGCCUUUAAGCGAGGAAAUGAUGGUCAGCUAUAUAUGGCAUACACAGGGUUUUCUCCUCGCACACAGUCUUGCACUACUCCUAAUACCGGACUCUUGAGCGGAAACGGAGGCGCAUACACAUUAACAUCAAAGGAGGGAAGGUAUGAAGGUGCAUUACGAGUUGCUUACACAGACUACGAAAACAUUGCCCUGGUGUACAUGUGCUUUGCUCCUGUAAUACAGGGAACGUGUGACAGGACAACUGUUACUGUCUCCCUGCUCUCCCGGACAUCUGCUCUGUACACUCCACAGAGGUCCGUGCUGAUGACUCACAUGGAUUUAAAAUGCGUCGAAGAUCAUCACCUAAACCAAGCUAUGACAGGUCUUUGUCGGGAGCCUAUACCUACUAUUCCAGUUGGAAGAUAAGCAGCUUUGGAACAAAGGGAUAUCAGUGAAAUCCAAUCGAAUGUACGACAAUGAACUGAGAAG